GAGGAAUAGAUUUAUCAGCGGUUUCGGUUACAUUUAAAAAUGUUUUCUACUUAGAUUUAGGUACUUCCUUUGAAGUCGAAAGUCCUUCAUGGGUUGAUCUUUCAUCGGAUUCAUCUACACCUUUUUACAGUGGUUGGACAACAGCAGCUGUUGGAGGAAGUGAUAAUAAAACUAUUUAUUUAUUUGGGGGAAUACAAAGGGACGCUUCCAAUACUGACGUAUAUUCAGGAUUUACCUGGCAGUUUGACACAACAUCAAAUGUAUGGUCCCAACCAAGUUUUUCAGGAACUGAACCUCCUAGAAGAAGAAUAACGGAUGCAGUUUCCGGUUCAGAUGGAAAAAUUUAUAUAUUCGGUGGAAUUUAUGAUUCUCCUGUUGGGGCAACCAUAACCGAAAGAUUUGCGGACAUGAUUAUUGUUGGAACUCUUGAUCAGGAUUAUACUUAUGGCACGACCAUUGGAAUACCAUUAGGAAGAUCCGAUCAUACUGCAACUAUGUUAUCGGAUGGAACUAUUGUAUAUAUUGGAGGAUGGGAUGGAGGAAUGCUGUCUUAUAGUAGC